UGGUUUUGUGGGUGACUUAUUCAUGAAGUUUUUAAUCUUUUACACGUCUCUCUCUCCCAAAUCGUCGACGAAAAUUGCACAGCCAAAAACCUUUCCCUUCCUUCACAGGCCGAAUGAUUCUGGCACCAAUACCGCUGCGGACGGAAAUCUGUAAAGAUCUUACUCUACUCCCUUCUUUGACUCCUCGGCACCCUCUAACCUUCAUUGCCUCACUCAGUUUCAUCUCUAGAUCUCGAGAGUCAAGACUCCCAAACAGAGAAGAACAACAGUUCAGCAGGUCACGAUUCCCCUAAUUCUUCUUCUGCUACUGCUAAACGCUCUGACUCUGAUCCCUCUGCGUUAUCCAAGUUAAGCGAUCUGUUUGAUAUUGUGGUUUGUGUUAUAAUUUAUUUUUCUUCUCUUCUUUGUGGUGUUCGUUAUUCUGGGUUGCAUUCCAUGUGUUUUGAUCUGUUCAAUUUCUUUCCCGCACCGCUAUCUUUUUUCAUCGUCUUUCUUUCCCAUGUUGUUGGUCUUAUUCUCAGGUGUAUUUUCUGUCUUGAAUGUGUUCGAUUUCUUUCCCCUGCAGCUAUUUUUGGUGGUAUUAUUUGGAAUGUUGUGUUGCCCGAUUUUCAUUGUUUGAGUGUGGGACGCAUCUGUAUUUCUUCUCUGUUUGGUUGUUUCUAGGGAUUGUGUGUUUAUGACUAUCUUUUGUUCUCCUGGUAUCCAAUGAUUUCCUCUGUUUAUUUUUAUUAUUUCCUCUGGCAUUUUCCUUCGUUCUUCCUUGCCUUGGUGUUUGGUUUGAGCUGUGGUUGUGGGUUUGAUUAGUUGUCUUCUAUUUGCUUUUUUAGAUUCUUGAUUUAAUGUCCUGGUUAGUUUAGUGUUGUCCAUGUCUGAGCCUGGUUUUUUUCAAGAUGUGGUGUUUAUCUUCUAUUGUUUGGUGUUUCUGAUUGGGAGGAGUCUCAUGGGGUUUGUCCUCUUUUUUUUUCGUCUUCUUUGUUGUCUUCUGUUCUGUUGUGGGAUCGUAAUAGGUGUUUUUGCUUCUUUGUUAAUUUUUCUAUGGCCAUGUAUUUAUAAUUUGCUUUUGUUGUUCUGGUAUUCAAUCGCUCCGUGUAUUUAUUUUUGAUUGUUGGUUUAUUGUUUGGCUUAUGUUUUGGUGUUUUCUUCUUGCAGUGAUUUAAACUGGCAGACUAGAUCUGCCACCCUAACAUAUCUGGAAACUUUUAUCUUUAGAAUCUACUUUUUUCUGUCUUUACAAUUUAUCUUUGGCGUCUAAACCCCUCAAUGAAUGAGGUGAUUACUUCUAGCAUAACUAUCAUUAUACGUUCGUAUGGCUGCAUACUGAAAAAACUUGAUUGUUCGAUGUUUUGGUAAAUUUGGAGUCAGGUAUGAAAUAUCAUGUACGUUUUGUUUUGGAUUAUUUUUUUUGCAUGUAUAUCCAGGUUUUAUUUUUUUGUUUUUUUGUUUUAACUCAAAUAAUUGUUGUUUCUCUUCAUACUUACAUUGCUUUCUUUAUUUUUUUAUUAUUACUUUAUUAUUUUUCAUCUUUGUUUUUAUGCCAUUCUAAUACGGUGUUUUCUUAGACCGGCCGUUUCCAUAAAUAGAUUUCGUGCCUUUGGUUAUUGGUGAUGGUGUUUAUGUAAGUUGCAUCUCAUAUUUUUUGUACGUUAUUUAAUAUCCAUGUUUUAAUUGUGUUUUUCUUUUUUUACCAGUUUCUUUGUUGUUUAUCUUCAUACUUACAUUCUUUCAUCAUUUUUGAUAGUUACUUUAUCUUUCUUAUCUUUGUUUUCUCAUCCAGGUUUUUUUACUGUGUUUAUGUCCGUUUUAAUGGGGUGUUUUCUUAGACGGGCCGUUUCCGUGAAUAGAUUUCGUGCAUUUGGUUAUUGGUGUUGGUAUUUAUGUAAGUUGCAUCUCAUAUUUUUUGUACGUUAUUUAAUAUCCAUGUUUUAAUUGUGUUUUUCUUUACCAAUUUCUUUGUUGUUUAUCUUCAUACUUACAUUCUUUCAUCAUUUUUUAUAAUUACUUGAUCUUUCUUAUCUUUGUUUUCUCAUCCAGGUUUUCUAAUCGUGUUUAUGUCCGUUUUAAUGGGGUGUUUUCAUAGACGGGCCGUUUCCGUGAAUAGAUUUCGUGCCUUUGGUUAUUGGUGAUGGUGUUUAUGUAAGUUGCAUCUCAUAUUUUUUAUACGUUAUUUAAUAUCCAUGUUUUAAUUGUGUUUUUCUUUUUUUACCAGUUUCUUUGUUGUUUAUCUUCAUACUUACAUUCUUUCAUCAUUUUUGAUAAUUACUUUAUCUUUCUUAUCUUUGUUUUCACAUCCAGGUUUUUUUACCGUGUUUAUGUCCGUUUUAAUGGGGUGUUUUCUUAGACGGGCCGUUUCCGUGAGUAGAUUUUGUGCCUUUGGUUAUUGGUGAUGGUGUUUAUGUAAGUUGCAUCUCAUAUUUUUUGUAUGUUAUUUAAUAUUCAUGUUUUAAUUGUGUUUUUCUUUUUUUACCAGUUUCUUUGUUAAAUGCUUAGUUUAUUGUCCAGGUUUUUUUUUUGGCUGUGUUGAUGUUUGUGUUGUUGAUGUUAUUCUGGGAUGGGACGCAUCCGUAUUUAGAUACCAUGUCUUCCGUGAUUUAGUAUGGUUUAUGUACGUGUUGUCGUUAGUCGUGAUGCACCAUAAUUCUAUAAUUUUCCGAAAAUAAGAAGUUGGGUUGUGGGAUAUUUCUUCCUAAUAUUUGUCGUUCAUGUUCUGGAUUAUCUGGGAGUUCAUGCAUUUGUAGUUUUGUGUUGUUGAUGUCAUUCUUGGACGGGACGCGUUCGUAUUUAGACUGUAUUUGGCUAUUUGCCCUCUUUUUGGUUACUUUCUCUCGGGUUACUCUGUAACUUCAUAUAUAUUCAAAUAGAGAUGAUUUUUUUUGCAGACUUGCAUUGAGUUUAUUACUGUGCAGUCUAUUAGUAAACAUAGACUCCACAUUGAAUCUAUAUCCCCUAAGAUCAUGUUAUUUCUCUUGCUGAUAUAGUUGUAUGAAAAUUGAAUUUUUUUCCUGCAUGUUCGGUGACAUUAAGUAAUUUUAUGUGUUUGAUGGCAUUGAAUUCUAAUAGAAUGUUUGUCAAAGAAAGUCCCCAUUGUCUACAAAGAGGGAGUUAAGCAGAGAUACGCCUUGAUUUCCAGAAAUCAACCAUCGACUUGCAUGUGUUAGGCAUGACGCCUAGCUAGCAUGAUUGGGCCCUGUAGUGAUAGAUAGUGAAGCAGUGAGAAUUAUGGUUUACAUAUAAGAGAAUAUUGUCGUUGGCCGUUGGGUGAGUCAUCAAUGGUAUGCAUUCAUUGUGAGUUAAUUUUAGUAUGUUCAGAGUUUUUUUUCCCAUUAUUUUUCUUUCUAAGGGUUGCUUUGGAGCUUUGGAUUGGAAGCUGUUGGAUUGCUGGGCUACGGCCUACAGGUUUAUAUCUAGACAAGGGGAUAUCGAGAUAAAGUUCGUGAAAGCUGAGAAAUUCUAUAGGAAUUGAGUUUCAGAUGGCUGCAACAAUGGAAACUGAUGAUGACAAUGAGAACAAUAAAGGUAGUAUGUGGGCUUUGGAUCAAAAGCUUGAUCAACCCAUGGAUGAGGAGGCUGGCAGUCUCAAGAAUAUUUACAGAGAAAAUUUUUUGACUUUUCCGUAUGGGGUGUGGGAUUGGAAUAAAUUUGUCGACAUGAAAACUUACUCCCCUAAGGUCAGUCCUAGGGGGUCCUGCCGCAAAGUGAUGCUGGUACCUUCAAUGUUGAGGACAGAAGUGAAACCAUGGAGAUCGUUACUUCUCCAAGUAAAAGAACUUGAGAAUGAUAUGGGGAUGAUGAACAAGAAGAGCGAGAUUGAUGGGGAUAGAGAGAGGAUGUCAAUUGGGAGGAGAACAGUAGUGAUGGAUUGAACAUAUCAAAGUGGCGCUUAAAUGGGAUUGGAGCUAUUUGUUCCUUUGAUGUUGCUGCAGUAUCAGCUUCCCAAUUUAAGUGCUUUCUUAGCCAACUUCUAUACAUGAAUAUUAGUAAUUUAUUCCAUGAAAAUUUUGAUUAGUAUCCUUAUUAAGGGAACUGUAAUGAAAAGUUGUGGAGGUGAAUUUUGGAUGGAAAUUGAACUGGCUAUGAUUGUUUGAAGCAUACAAACUUUUGU